AUGUCAAUGGUGGAAUCAUUCAAUCUGAAUGCUUUGCUGACAGGUGCCGACAGUGGUGUGAUAAUAGCAGAGGGUGCACAGGUGGACCCAACUACAUUGUUGCCACUGGCCUAUCAUAAUCUAUUAGUAUCAAUUGUUCAAUUAUAUGUAUACGUAUCGUCGAUAUUAUGCGCAUUCCAGGCGAUCUCCAUGUUCAUUGCGGCAUUCACGUCAAACACGUCACUGCGCUCGGCACUGGUCAAGCUCAACCUGUUCCUCAGUCUGUGUCUGCUGGUGUUCAAUGGCUGGAUCAUCCACAGCAAGCAGAGCAUCUACACAUCGGACGGUCUCUACAUGUUCUGGGCAUCGUUCAUCUUCUACGUCAUCGACUUCUUCAUCCUAUCAUUCCUCUCUGAAGUGUUGCCAUUUAUCACUGGACGCGCGACCACCAACGAGAAGACAUCAUCAACAGGUUCAAACAAGAAGAAGAAUAAGUAA